AACAAAACAAAAAUUUUGCACGGGAAUCUCGAAAUCCUCCAAAAAAUCAGUUUUCAGGAUGAUGGAAGUGCCGAAUAACUUUUACAACAAAGACGAAUAUGUCGAGACGGCAACGGGCAACAAAGUGAGUCGUCAAACGGUGCUGUGCGGCUCCCAAAACAUCGUUUUGCACGGAAAAGUGAUUGUUCAGAGCGGCGCCAUCAUCAGAGGAGAUUUAGCUGCUGUGAGAACUGGAAGAUAUUGCGUCGUUGGCAAGGGAGCAGUUGUUAGACCGCCAUUCAAACAAUUCAGCAAAGGUGUCGCUUUCUUCCCUCUGAACAUCGGAGAUCAUGUUUUCAUCGGAGAAGGAAGUAUUCUCUCGCCAGCUUCCAUCGGUUCUUUCGUCUUUAUUGGCAAAAAUGUUGUGAUAGGUCGUCGUUGCAUAUUAAAAGACUGUUGCAUCAUCGAAGACGGAGCAAUUUUGCCGCCAGAGACAACGGUAGCGAGUUAUAUGAGAUUUAAAGCUGACGGAACGAUAGAAGGAGGACAAGGAAGUGCUCAUGUACCGCUGGCAAUGCAAGAUCUCAUGAUAGAAUAUACAAAAUCGUAUUACGAGCAUUUCAUUCCGGCUUAAAGUCAUUAUUUACGUUGAAUAAAAAUUAAUAUUUAUACCUUUUUGCUAGCUUUU